AUGAGCUCAGCCGAACAACAGACCAUUGUGGUCAUCGGACUAUCUGGUGCUGGGUUGAAAACCAUCAACUUGCUGCUCGAUCGACUUUACAGUCGCUCUGGACAACCCAAGACACCCGACCAAAGGAUACGACUGAUUGCAAUCGAGAAGGCUACGUAUGCUUACUGGCCACCUGGAUCUCUGAGAGCUUCGGUCGUCGACGGCUUCGAAGACAAGAUCAUCCGGAGCUUCGACUACAUCAUUCCUCAAAAAAUUCAAGACAAUCAUCCCGACCUCGUCAAGGUCUUCACCGGAACAGAGGUCGUAGACUUGGAUCUCAAGGAACGAUUCCUCGUUUUCGACAAGCCUUUGGAUGGCUUAGGAGUCGAGCCUGGGAAUAAAUUGGUCUUCGACUAUUUGAUUAUUGCAUCAGGAUCAUCUUACGCCUUUCCAUGUCGACCACCACCGGAAGCAGGUAGACCAGAAGAGUUGAAAGCUCAACUACGAAGCCUUCAGGAACAAAUCCGAGAGUCCCAAUCAAUCUUGAUCGUCGGGGCCGGAGCAGUCGGGAUCGAGCUAGCAGGAGAAGUGAGCUCGAAACACAAAGACAAGUCAAUUACUUUGGUUUGCUCGACACCGAGCCUGCUCCCCGACAUGAAUCCCAAGCUCGGGAACUCCCUCAAACAGCAACUCACGGAUCGUAAAGUUAAAAUCGUAUUUGGCUCGAGGGCUAACAUUGGUGAACUCGGGAUUUCCAAGACCGGCAAAUUGGACAAGCUGACUAAGAUUGGUCUAGCAACACGUGAUGGCGACAAGAGCUCAGAGGAUGUCGAAGCCGAUUUUGUCUUUCUGGCGAUUGGGAACAAGCCCAACACGAAAUUUGUGCCAGCCGAAUAUCUUGAGCCUGAAAGCCGUCUGAUCAAGGUGAACGAACACUUACAGGUACUCGGUGAGGAUUCCAAGCCAAUCGACAGGGUUUAUGGAGUCGGCGAUGCGAUAAAUUUUCGAGAAUCCAAACUGUAUGCGGCACUCGAUGGACAGGCAGCAACGGUAUCCAAAAACCUAUGGAUCGAUAUAUCUGAUUCUAAAUUGGAUAAGGGGAUUCACAAGCCUCUUAAAGAUACAAUUGCGAUCCCAUUAGGACCCUGUGGUGGUGCCAGCGAAGUAUUUGGAUUUACGUUCGGCCUGGGUCCGUGGGCAACCUCCCUCGCCAAGGGUUACACCCUACUCCUAUGGAUGUUCAACUCUCUCAACACUGGCGAAUAUCAUUCGAAGGAUCUGAGUCUGCAAGAAAGUACGGAGGAGGACCAAGCAGAACUAAUCGAUACCGAUGCCGAGCAAGCUGGUUCACUAGAACUAAUCCACAAACCAAAACAGGAAGAGAUCGAUCUACCAGAAGAAGAUACUACUUGCGACUCGAAACCACCCAUCGAACAACAACAAGAAUCACUCCGUUCAACGCCAACUCAUACAAACCUCAUCAAGCAUGAAGACCCCUCAGAACAGUCAACGCCAGAUUACCAUCAGCAUCAAACCAGUCUCACCUCACCCGAAUCGGACGUACUAGAUGACAGUCUGGUCUACCAACACGAAUCCCCAAUCCAAUCCCCUACACUGAACCAUCCAGAUCGACCGGACCACGAACCACUGAACAAGAAUCGGAGCGGUUCCACAUCAAUCAGCCCCUCAUUCUCGUUGUGGGAGCAUCUCAAAUACGAAAUCAGCUCGAACCAAGAUGAACUAUCCUCACUGCAAGACUCAACGUCGGCCUCCCUACGAUCUGAGCGAAUCUCCAACUUCCUCAAUGUCCCGAUCGCUAUCGAAAAAACCAUCGUCUUUGGCUUUUGGAUCUGUCUCGAUGCAUUCCUCUCAGUCCUGACCAUCCUGCCCAUCAAAUUCAUCUAUUCCUUAUACAAGUUGCUCGAGAGCAUCGUCUACAAAAUCGCUCAUUCAGCUCGGACUGUCAAGAACAAAUUGCUCGGAAGACGUGGUAGUAACGACCGGAAAAAUCACCAUCAUCGUAAAAGAUUGAGCGUUCCUCGCAAAGUAGAUCUACUUCAGGGCCUCUUGAUUAUCCUGGUCUGCGUCUUUCUACACCAUGUGACUGAUGCAAGUCGAAUGUAUCAUUCAGUCAGAGGUCAGGAAACUAUCAAACUCUAUGUUAUCUUCAACGUCUUGGAGAUCGCAGAUAGGCUAUGCUGCUCGUUCGGACAAGACAUCUUGGAUUCCCUAUUCUCUCCCUCUACGCUCGGACGAAGGAUCGAUGGAUCUCAGCCGCACAUGAAACCAAUCUUUUUAUUUAUCCUUGCGUUCAUUUUCACAGUUGCCCAUACCUUGGUGUUGUUUUAUCAACUGGUCUCCUUAAAUGUUGCCAUCAAUUCUUUCGAUCAUUCCUUGAUCACCUUGCUAAUCUCGAAUCAGUUUGUCGAGAUUAAGGGUGCAGUUUUCAAAAAAUUCGAAAAGGAAAACUUGUUUCAAAUGAGUUGCGCUGAUAUCGUCGAGCGCUUUCAGUUAUUCUUGAUGUUGACCAUCAUUGCCAUUCGAAACUUGAUCGAAAUGUCCGGUUCAUCAACUUCAUCUUCCCAUGCCCACAGUUACACAUAUCACUAUCUUCCAGCAUCCCUUAACCUUUCACCGACCCUAUCUUUGAUCGAGAAAAUCUUUACGCCGGUAUUCGUAGUCAUGUUGAGCGAGGUAUUGGUCGAUUGGCUCAAGCACGCAUUCAUUACAAAGUUUAAUCACAUUCGCCCAGGUGUGUAUGGGAGAUACAUCGAUGUACUAUGUAAAGACCUCGUUGGCGAUCAUAAGAUUAUUCAAGUAGAGGACAAUGUGAAGGAUGAUGAAGAUAUGAAGCCCUUUGUCGACAAGUCGCCAGCUGUAUCUCGUCGGUUAGGAUUCUCAGUGUUCCCGAUAUUCUGUUUAUCUGUUCGAGUGUCCUUUCAGGCCAUCGACAUGCUGUCAGACACACCAGACGAAGAUUUCAAUGUGUUCACAGAUGAUCUUAAGGACAUUUUAUUUGAUCGACCAAAUAAAUUCACCGUCGAAUACGUCAAACAGCAAUUCUUCAUUAUCCCAUACUCAAAGUUCUUCAACGCCGACCCAGCUGGUUACCUCGACCCACUCGAACAAGACCGAUCGCCGCCUAGCAGACCGCCAGAGGUCACAGGCUCAUCGACGUUCUCCAGUUUCCAAAUGAAAGGAUUCAUCGUCUUGAGCUUCGUGGUCGUCAUGAGUUUCUUGAUCCUAAUCAAGCUGUACAUCGGCAUCCGCAUUCGAUUGUAUGCGAUCAAGCGAGUCCAAACCAUGAACAACAGGCUGGCCGAAGACCAGGUCAAUGGGCGUGACCGGAUGCCCAUAGGGCUCUCUCCCACAGAAAUUAUGAAGGAGGAGAACGACCGGAAGUUGAUCGAGAAAGUCGAAUUCGAUGUCCCUCUGAGGACGAAUUCUUCCAGGCCGAACUCGAAUUCAAAUCAAACCUUGACGAACCAAAAAGCGGCGGGACCUCAACUAAGGAAGACUCCUUCCGGCUUACAUCUCGCCGCUUCUCCAUCCUUUCAUCAUCUUGCGUCAGAACCCCCUUCCCAUUCCCCCGAUCAAUCUUCCUCGCAUCAUAAAAAGAAACUCCUGUCGAUGGACGAACUCAGUCGUUUUGAUAUGGUUCGCAGUCGCAUCUGGUGA